ACAAUGAAAAGUUUCCUUCUGGCUUUUGUCCUCUUUGCCUUGGCUUCCUCAUUGGCCGCCGCAUUUGAUCCUAGUCCUCUUCAGGACUUCUGUGUAGCCAUAGAUGAGCCAAAGAACGCUGUGUUUGUGAAUGGGAAGUUCUGCAAGGACCCCAAGCUCGCCAAAGCUGGAGACUUCUACUUUUCAGUUAAGAUGCCUGGAGACACAAACAAUCCAGUUGGUUCAAAUGUUAGCGCUGUGAAUGUCCAUAAAAUUCCAGGACUUAACACUCUUGGCAUUUCAGCUGCCCGUAUUGACUUUGCUCCUUAUGGCCAAAACCCACCUCACACUCACCCUCGUGCCACUGAGAUUCUUGUAGUCCUGGAGGGUACUCUUCUUGUUGGUUUCGUUACUUCCAAUCCAAACAACACACUUAUCAGCAAAGUUCUUAACAAGGGUGAUGUGUUUGUGUUUCCCAUUGGUCUCAUUCACUUCCAAUUCAAUAUUGGAAAAACAAAUGCGAUUGCUUUUGCUGGUUUAAGCAGCCAGAACCCUGGUGUAAUUACCAUCGCAAAUGCAGUAUUUGGAUCAGAUCCUGCCAUUAAUCCUGGUUUUCUCGCUAAAGCUUUCCAGGUGGACAAGAAAGUGGUGGAAGAUCUCCAGAAAAAGUUCUGGAUGGAUAGCAAUUAG